UUGAAGUGUGUGGCAUUAAUCGUUUGCGGCAUUUCUAACAACCCUUUCUAAGUGCAAACAAUAGUCAGAGCAAUGCAAAUAUUGCAAAAACUGGCAUUGUGCCUCUUAGCGAGCACCUGCUUGUGUGUACCGACAGAUAAACUGCUGCGCAGCACUGAAAUCAAGCUGUUGGAAUUAAUGAAGGACACACGCGCUGAGCAACGCGACAAUCCGGAACAAAGUCUGGCUUGUUUCGAAUACUAUCUAAAGGUCUUCGAGCAGCUGAACGUGGAGUAUCGCGAAAGCUAUGCGGCAUGCUUGGCUACAGCGCGGCAUAAGCGCGAUCAGAUAGAUGAGAGCACACAGCCUGAGCGCGACGCUAUUGAGGAGUCGGCGCUCUCGACAUGCACGGCACUGAAGGGAUGCGCGCAGUUGGCCGAUUCAGUUCUCUAUUUCAAUUGUUUUGCGAUUAAUGGCAAGCAAGGUAGCGAAAAUAUGUACAAAAUUUCAGCGGAUGCCAGUGAGACGCUGGCAGAAGUAAGCGAACAAUAUCGUUUGAUCGAAACUGAGGAGCACCGUUGUACGAAUGCCACAGGUCGCGUCUAUGUGGAAAAGUCCCAUCAGGCUAGUGAGGAUUUGUCGAGCUGUCUUCGUGGCGAAAUAACUGUACCCUCACCAACGUCCACUGCAUCGACGCCGCCCAGCGAAGACUCUAGCACAACUGGACCGGGCAUGAAUUGGAAAAGUGACCAUAUUUCUGAUGAUGAACUUCUGCUUGCAAUUGAUUCACAUGAUGUGAGUGCAUAUCGCAAGCCAAACGGCACAUAAAUAGUGAAAUUAAAAUGUGGAUAUGUCUUAUUUAAUUCGGUAUAACCCUUAUAGCACUUAUGAGUAUGACGCGUAAACCAAUUUAAUAAGAUUUUAUGAAGCUUUUAUUACUGAAAUGAUUUGCUGAAAGAAACCACGUAUUAGAAAGUAUACUUUGUAUACAUUGUGUGUAGUAGAGAGUUAACUUGAAAUACAUUUUAGUGUACCAUAUGUAAAUUUUGUAGUCAAAAACUAAAAGCGUUGAAAACCUUAA